AGCACCACCAUCUCCCCCCCAUCUCCUCCUGCUGUCGCUUGCUUCUCCCUCCCGGCCUAGCUAGGGUUUCCACUCCACCCCGGCCCUCGCCUCAGAUCCCGACACCGGCGACCCCCGAUCCUCCUCCGUCGCCAGCCGCCGAUCCCGCCGAGCUCCGAUUUGCCACUCCUCACGCUCCGCCACCUCGCCCUCCAGCCUCUGCACGCGCUCGCCGGGGGGCAGAUCUAGGGUUUGGGGCCUCGCUUGGUGCAUGAGAAGGCUACCAGGGCCCUGACGGCAUGGAGGUGGAGGCGGCGAGGAGGGAUGCGUCGGCGCUUGACCCGGAGCUGCUGCAGCUCCCGGAGCUCGCGCCCGGCGCGCUCCGGGAGAACUCAACCAUAGCCGACGCGCUCUACACGCAGUGGCUCGUGCUUCCCGAGACCGCCAAGCUGGUGAAGUCUUUGAUUGAAGAUGCAAAAGGCGGUGGCUCACUGAAUGUUGCUGGGAGUUCUGCCAGCACAAAUGCUGCUUCAAGUAGUUCUUUGCCAUCAAUGUUCCCGGCUGGUAGUGCUCCCCCACUUUCUCCUAGGAGCACUGCUGGCUCUCCCCGUGUUAUGAGACGAGGAUCUGGAGCUGGACCAUCAACCUUGGGAUCUCCUCUAAAAGUAGUCAGUGAACCUGUGAGAGAGGUUAUUCCUCAGUUUUACUUCAAGAAUGGGCGCCCUCCACCAAAAGAUUUGAAGGAGCAAUGUUUGUCUAGACUAGAUCACCUAUUUUUUGCCGGCGAGGGACUCCAGAUACAAGAAUUCAGACCAGUCAUAAAAGAUAUAUGCAAAUUACCAUCCUUCCUCUCUGGUGUUCUUUUCAAGAAGAUCGAUGCUGCUUGCUCUGGAACUGUAACAAGGGAUGCGUUUAUCGCGUACUGGAUUAAUGAAAAUAAGAUAACACUGGAUACACCUAGCCAGAUAUUUGAAAUAUUAAGAAAGCCGGGUUGCAGUUAUCUCACUCAGGAGGACUUUAAACCUGUCCUAAAAGAACUCUUGGCAACUCACCCAGGUUUAGAGUUUCUACAGGGCACUCCUGAGUUUCAGGAGAGAUACGCGGAGACUGUAAUAUACAGAAUAUUUUACUCCAUAAAUAGAUGUGGAAAUGGCCAUCUUACCCUCCGAGAACUAAAACGUGGGAAUUUAGUUGCUGCAAUGCAGCAGCUGGAUGAGGAAGAGGACAUCAACAAAGUACUGAGAUAUUUCUCGUAUGAGCAUUUCUAUGUGAUCUACUGCAAAUUUUGGGAGCUGGACACAGAUCAUGAUUUCCUGAUUGACAAAGAGAAUCUUAUCAGAUAUGGAAAUCAUUCGCUGACUUACAGAAUAGUUGAUAGAGUCUUUGCACAGGUCCCAAGGAAGUUCACAAGCAUGACCGAAGGAAAGAUGGGUUAUGAAGAUUUUGUUUACUUUAUUUUGUCGGAGGAAGAUAAAUCAUCUGAACCUAGCCUUGAGUACUGGUUUAAGUGCAUUGAUCUUGAUGGCAAUGGCAUAUUAAGUACCAAUGAGAUGCAGUUUUUCUAUGAGGAGCAGUUGCAUCGCAUGGAGUGCAUGGCACAGGAACCUGUGCUUUUUGAGGACAUAUUGUGCCAAAUGAUCGAUAUGAUUGGACCAGAGAAUGAGACCUAUUUUACAUUGCGGGACUUAAAAAAGUGUAAACUAUCAGGAAAUAUAUUCAAUAUCCUAUUCAAUCUCAACAAAUUUAUGGCAUUUGAAACUCGUGAUCCAUUCCUCAUUCGCCAGGAGCGUGAAAACCCAACUUUAACAGAGUGGGAUCGGUUCGCCCAUAGGGAAUAUAUUAGGCUGUCGAUGGAAGAGGAUGGUGAAGAUGCAUCAAAUGGAAGUGGUGAUGUGUGGGACGAGUCACUUGAAGCUCCAUUUUGAAUUAUGCCUCACCCCUAAUUGGUUGGAUAUGGAUGACAUUGGUUGGGAAGAAGUGUAAAGGUUUUGGCUAGCGUGCGGAGGUCAUUGCCGGCUCGCAGCAGUUUCAGUAACACCAAAGACUACUUAUGAGUUUUACUGUGCAGGUCUGAUUCGAUAUUAUCAGUUGUCCAGUUGUGCAAACAUUUUUGCUUGGAAGGAAGAAUGGGAAGUUAAUGUGAGGGGCCUCCUGCAUACUGACAAAGCAACAACCUCAGCAGUCUCAAAUGAUACUGAAGUGGGGGACCUUUCGUGGUCCACCUUUUUCUCAUUGUGUUCUGAUUGUUGCUUUAGGGGGAUGUCGGUUUAUUCAAUUGCUGUGCUCAAAUUUUGGAGCUGAACUGUAUUGUUUGGCUGCCGUUUUCUUUGUUAAUUUGUGGAUGUGCGAGCAAGCAAUUCCAUCAUUAUCUUCGAUCAUGGUAUGUAACUUUCUGGUUCUGGUUUAUGUUUAGUUGACUACAUCGUUUUGUUGUGAUUCUUGGUACAUUUUGGGAGGAAAGAUAGGCGUAAAGGCAUGGCUGUGCAAUGCCAUUUGUAACAUUAACAAGUAACUGUGCAUUGGGUGCAUAAAUCUGAACAGAAAGGUAGAUUACAUUGGCAA